UGUUCAGUGCUAUUGUGGGGGGUCUGUCCUUUUGUGAGCGACGGAACUGGUGGUUGCUUUGGAGCUCCCUUGUGAAACGAAGAUCGGUGCACUCUCCCAGGAGCCCAGCUCAGAUCUCACUCUUGGCACAAGACCUGCUUGCUUUAGACCUGCUUGCUUUUCAGGAUGGAGUUCCCCAGCAACCUGCACCCUACCUUGUUCAUGGCUGGCCCUCUGGGCAUGACUGAUGUCCCUGACUUGUCCUUCAUGUGCAGCUGGAAAGAUGCACUGACCCUUCCAGGGCCCCAAAACUGCAAGGACAGGGCAUUGCCCUUGGCCAAAGACCUGCUAUGGGAGCCUUCAAUGCCAGGACCCCUCCCUCUGCUGCCUCCUGGUCCUGAUCCCUGGGACCCUGGUGUAACUGCACGCGAUCUCCUUUUCAGAGGAGGCUACCACUACCGGAGGCGGCCCCAGGUGGUGCUGGAUGUUACCGAGCAGCUCAGCCGCUUCCUGUGGGAUCAUGGGGACAUAGCCUUUGCACCCCUGGGGAAGCUGAUGCUAGAGAAUUUCAAACUGGAAGGAGGUCGGAACUACUCUAAGAAGAGGACAGUGGUCAGAGCGAAGAGGCUGCUCCAGGACCUCGGCGGAUACCAGCCCUGGGGAUGUCCCUGGGCUCACGUCAGCCACCGGCUGCGCCGUUUUUCCAUCCUUGGGGGCCCUGUUCUGAGCAGGUCAGUGUCCCUUCUCUUGGGUAAGCUCCUGCAUGAGGAGCUGGCCCUGCGAUGGGAGCAGCUGCUAUUGGAUGAGGCCUUCACAGGGGGUGCCUUGGCCUGGCUGCCGAGCAGGACAGCACGGACCGGACAGCUGGUCUACCCUGCCGGAGGCGCCUUGGACAGGCUGUAUUUCCAAGAGGUCAGUCUGACCUCAGCUGGCAACCCCCGGGUCCUCAAGAACCCUGGACAUAUCCAGCUGCGGGGACCUGUGCGGCAGGUGGUGACAAGCACCAUCCAGGAAGAAAGUAAGGCCCUUCCCUCCCUCUGCCCCCACCCUGCCCACCAGCUGCCCAACCUGGAGUCUGACUUAUGCAUCUUCCCAGCGCUGCUGGCUGUCCGUUCAGACUACCACUGUGCCAUGUGGAAGGUCGGUAAACCAGGGGAACCGGCCCCCCUAAAAGUGCUGCAGGUAGAGAAGGGGGCCACUGGGAUCAACCUCAGCCCUCAUCUGCCAGGGGAGCUGGCCAUCUGCAGCCGUUCUGGAGCUGUCUGUCUCUGGACCCCCCAAGAUGGGCUGCAGCUCGUCUACAAGGAUCCUGAGACACUUGCCUUCCGUGACCCUUCUCCCUGGCGCUGGGCAGACUUUACUGCCCACCCUAGGGUGCUGACUGUGGGUGACCGCACUGGUGUGAAGAUGAUUGACACUCAGGGACCCCCAGGUUGUGGGCUGUUGCUGUUCCGCUGUGGGGCAGAAGCCUCCUGCCAGAAAGGGGAACGUGUGCUGCUCGCCCAGUACCUGGGCCAGCCAGACCCUGUCUUCCCUCCCACUCUGCACCUCAUCUGCACCCAGUUCUCGCUCUAUCUGGUGGAUGAGCGCCUUCCCUUGGUGCCGGUGCUCAAGUGGGACCACGGCCUGCCCUCGGCACCCCUGCUGGCCCGCCUAUUGCCUCCCGCCGGCCCCAGCUGUCCACAGCCCCUUCUCCUGGGGGGUCAAGGUGGGCAGCUGCAGCUGCUGCACAUCUCAGGAGGGGGAACUUCCAUGCCUCGGCUGGCAGGACCGCCCCAGACUUUGCCCUCGGUCACCGACUCACUGUCCACAUUUCCCCUGCUGGAGCCCAAGCACCAGCAGCAGCUGGAGGAGCGACUGCAAGCGCCAACCAUAGGUCUGGCAGCUGCCCCACCCUGGAUCUCCACACCCAUCCUGUUGCUCUUCCAGCUCUCAGCAGCUGGGGAUAUCUUCCACCAGCAGCUCCGCCUCCAAGGAGGUGGGGUACCACCUGGUGACCCUGGGUCAGACGGCCAUUCUCCCAGGGUGACAGCACCCCUUUUGGACCAGACACCCCCACCCUCCUGGACCCCCCAGGCCACUGCCCACUGCAGUCGCUGGCUAGUGGACCUGCUGGAGCUGCCUCCCUCUCCCACUGUGUGGGCUGCACCCACUUUCUCCCAUCGCCGUCUGUUGGGCCACAUGGACCUGCAGAAGAGCGAGGGAGCGCUACCACAAAGACUCCGGGUAGCCAUGGCCAGGGGUCAGCUCCUGCGGCCAGGGGACCUGGGCACACCCCCCACAGCAGAGCCACCACCAGCACCUGAGUGUGCCCCACAAGACGAGCUCAGUGAGCGCUUGUCUGAAGCCUGGGAAGGCCGAGGGGCCACGUGGUGGGAGAGGCAGCAAGGCAGAGCCUCAGGGUCCCAGACACAGGCUAAACGGCCCAAACGCCGGACUCAGCUGUCCAGCACCUUCUCCUCACUCACUAGCUGCUUAGACCUCCCAGAUGACAACAGCCCUCCUCCCAGCCCAGACCAGACAUCCUUCAAGGCCAGGCUUGAGCCACCAGGGAUCCCACCCUCCCAGGAGUCCACUCAGGAGCUGUGGGAACGGGGUGUGCGAUCAGAGCGGCGGCAGACACUCCGAGACUACAUGGCUAAGCUGCCACUUCAGAAAGACACCCCAGGACCUGCAGCCACGCCCCCCUCACAACCCUCCAGCAACUGGGUCACCUCUUCCCAGCAGCAGACACCUGUCCCCCGUGGCUCUCAGGCUCCCCGGAAGAGGCAGCGCAUGGGUUUCUGAGGAAGCUGCCCUCCAACGCCUGGCAGCCUGGCCUGUCUGGACCAGUGGGCCUUGCACCUCCCAAAAGCAGUCUGGAGCCAGGCUGAAGGGGCCACACAUGUCUUGUAUGUUUGUUGGCAGGUUAUUCCAGAGAGGCUGCCUGGGGUUACUGCUGGGAUUCUGUGCAGAUGACAGGAUGUGCAGGGCUGGAAACCAGGACCCGUGUCUCUGCUUUAGCUGCCUUGCCCUCAUGGGAAAUUCUGUGGGGGCUGAUAGCCUAGAGUGCCUCUGGAGUUCACGACAGUCCCUGGGUGCACAUGCUCUGUAGAGAGAGAUGCUGUGGCUCCCAGCUCAAGGGCCAAAUAAGCCUGUCACCUGAACAUGGUCCAUACAUUGUCACACCAGCAGACUGGA